AUGGUGUCAGUACUCGCCGAGUUUCUCGUUACGUACGGUUUAGCUAGACCCAACGAAAAUUGCGCUAAUGACACGACGAUUAUCAACGCGUUGCUCAAGGAAAGCUAUAAUAAGCACUACAUUCCUUCUCAUCCUACGCAUGUGAGAGUCGAUAUGUGGGUGCAAGAAGUAACCGCUGUGUCCGAACUUACACAAGAUUUUGAGAUUGAUCUUUACAUCAAUGAAUUUUGGGAGGAUCCAGCGUUGGUGUUCGAUUUUAUGAACCCAUGUAAAUCAAAUUUCUCAUUCGACGACAAGGAUCCAGCAUUGGUGUUCGAUUUUAUGAACCCAUGUAAAUCAAAUUUCUCAUUCGACGACAAGGUGCUUCAAAAGUUGUGGAUUCCCAACACGUGCUUUAUCAACUCGAAAAACGCCGCAAUCCACGAGUCACCAUUCAAGUAUGAUUUGCUACUAAUUCUUUUAAAAAAAGAAAACAAACCUGCACAUACAUUGUUUUUACAAAGUAACUGUGUGAGACCUCAACCACGGUUUGCGAACUCAACUUUCACAUUUAUUACUGCAAUCCUAAUAGCAGCAUACUACAAGCAGUAAUU